UUUUUAUUUUUUAUAGAAUACUAAAAAAAACACAUGGAAGGAGUGCAAUCGCUUGUGCAUGAGGAGAUCCACGACAUCAUUGAAGAAUUAACAACAACUGGUAAAAAAAACCUUGAUGAGGACUACGUGAAGAAAUUAAAACAACGGUGUAAAUGUUCCAACGACAACGUUAAGAUAGCUUAUAAUAUUUUGAUGUCUCAAUUGGAGAAGCCACAUGCGGAAAUCCGAUUCUCUUCAUUCCAAGUCAUAGGAAAGUUGUUUAGUAGGUCACAUGUUUUCCGACAAAUGGUAAUAUCCGAUUUGCACAUUUUAUUUCUGCUGACAAUCGGGACUGACUUGAAAAAAUAUCCAACCCCGUUACCACCUCAAGCGGCGAACGAUUUAAAAACACUCGCUUUAACAACAUGCAAAGAAUGGUACGUGCAUUACGGAAAAUUUUAUCGAAAAUUGGAGCUGGGGUAUGAGUUCUUACGUGAUGUGAAAAAAGUUGAUUUUAACAGUAUUGAUUGUUUGACUGUCGAGCAGAGAGAACAAAAGAGGAGGAGAGUAGAAAAAGAAGAGCGGCUUCGUAAAAGUAAGCUGGAACAGGUUGAUAUUCAAAUUCAUGACUCGUAUAAUGAUGUCAUGUCAAAUGUGCACCAAAUUGAAAGUUGUUUUGAACUUCUCAUGCCGAAGCUAACAACUAGUCUCGAUGUUUCAGAUAACCCAGGUAAAAUAAAGAAUAACUCUGAUGACGAUGAUCUUGAUUGCCUUAGUAGUAAUCAAGUAAAAAUAGACAUAAACGAGACAAAAAAUAAGGUUGGUGAGGUAGAAACAGGAGGAUUUGAUGGAGACAAUAUGAAUGGAGUUGGCAAGGAGACAGGAAUUCAAAACAAUUACCGGCUCUCUAUAGGUAUAGAUAAAACUCUAACUGUACUAGAAUCUGAUGACAACAAAGAUUUGAUUAAGAGAACAAGAGAGCUCUAUAAAGAACUCAAAGGUCAGUACAACACUGUUAAAAGAUGGUUGCAGAUAUUAGUAAAAUGCCGUACAACAGAUCGAAAGAAGAUCGAAGAGAUUUUAACCUUGAAAAAUUUAAUGUCCGCUAAAAUAGAGAAAUUCUUGGAAUUACAAAUUAUGCCUGCAAAAGAAAGCGAAAGUGAAAGCGAUGAAGACUUUGUUGAUGUACCUGAGGUGGUUGCUGGUGAUAACAAACAUGGCUCUUUUAACCGAACAAACUUAUUAACAACUGGUGAAAAUGACGAGAGUACUACUCGUCUCGAAUCAGAUGAUCAGCAACCAGGUCCAUCGCUGACAAGAAAAGAGAAGCUACUGCAAAUUGCACCAGUUGUUUCGUAUGGUGUGGACCUGCAACACUGGGGACAGGAUAAAAGAACUAUCCCUGUCUCGAUCAAGAACGAUUCACUGCAUAGAUUUUGGAAGCCUUCGGAACACGAGGAAAUAUUUGUUCCUGACCAGAUUGCUGCAGCUAUGAAUACGAGGAAAAUGAAUUUUUUAGGAAAAUCCGAACCUGUCAAAAGAAAAUGUGGCGCUCCUCUUUCUAGUGGGGAGUUUUGCGGUCGAAUGGAUCGUUUUAAAUGCCCAUUCCAUGGCAAGAUUGUGGAAAGAGAUGGUUUUGGUCGACCCGUCAACUCAGACGAAGCAGAAAAAGAAUUAAAGCGUAAGCAUGAGAAAGAAAAAUCUGCUAGAGAAUCCAUUCAAAAAGAAAUCGAUGCUGCUCUCGGAACAAACCUGUCUUCUAAAAAACGCAAGAGACGCGAGACACCUCAAGAUAAGUCGAAGGCAAGAUAUGCUCGAUUAACCAAACUCAAUAAUGACCAGAGUAAAAGCAGCAGUAGUAAAAGACUCGAGAAGAAAGUUUUUAGUAAUCGAGCAUUGACAAAAGUUUAUCAGAAUAUGAACGAAACGAUACGUAAAAAGAAUAAUGAAAAGUUUGGUUCGAAUUUUAAUUAUUAACACAAGUCUUUGGGUUUUUUAUUGCUGCCGGUGUUUUCGUUCAAAAUGGAUUUGUUUAUAUUUUUUUUUCCUGAAUGUUUUAUUAUCCAAAGCUACUUCUUUGUCUCAAAUCCUUUUCAAUUUUUUGUUACACUUGUUAUUAUCAUUGCGUCAA